GCAUGGUGGAGUAUAAGAAGGAUUGCGGUUGAACAGAAUUAGAAUCGGCAUCACUCUGACAAUCUUCAGGUCGUGAGAAUCAACCCAGGAGGACUGCAACAUUAAAAUAAACAAACAUGGGAUCAUCCGAAUCAAAACCUGCUGAACCAGAAGACUUAGCACCUAAACCUGCAGCGCCGGUUCAAAAACAAGAAUUGGACAAACCAUGGAGGAGUUUUAAAUGGGACAAUAUAUCAGAACUGAAAAGGAGUCUCGAAAAAUUCACCCCAAGUGAUCCAAAUGUUAAGGACAUCAAGAUUCUUGUUGCUGGUCAAAUUGGUGCAGGAAAGUCCAGCUUUAUAAACUCCAUCAAUAACGCAUUUCAAGGUCGGAUCACAUCAGCAGCGCUUGUUAAUUCAUCUUCUUGUGGUAAAAGUUUCACAACUAAACUGAAAGGAUACCGCAUCAGAAAAGGAAAAGUCACUUUGCCCUUUGUCUUCAGAGACAUAAUGGGUUUAGAACCUGAUGUAUUGGCUGGAUCUCAAACAGAAGACAUCAUCAAUGCUUUAUUUGGCCAUGUGAAAGACGGCUAUGAAUUCAAGACGAACCCACUCACUCAUAAGGAUCAACAUUAUACCAGUGACCCCAGUCUCUCUGAGCAGGCUUUCUGUCUGGUUUACGUCAUAGCUGCUGAUACAUUCCAGUUAGCGGAUGACAAACUCAUUGACAAGUUGAAGAUCAUCCGACAAAGAAUCAGUGAUGGAGGGAUUCCUCAAGUGAUUGUCAUGACUAAAGUGGAUGAAUGUACACUGGUGAAAAAUGAUCUAAGAAAGAUCUACUACAGCAAGAAGAUCAAAGAGAAGAUGCAGAUGUGCAGUGAUAAAGUGGGUGUGCCAAUGAACAACAUCUUCCCAGUGAAGAACUACCAUGACGAGAUUGACACUGAAGAUGAUAUUGACGUUCUGAUUCUGAAAGCAUUGGAACAGAUUGUAAAUCUUGCUGAUGAUAGAUUGAUUGAGAACAGUGAUAUCUGACAUAAAAACACAGUUAAUAAUAUUUUGUUAUCCUUGGUAUCCACUCGCCUUUAUGUUUUCUGAAAUGUCAAUGUUUAUUACGUUAUAUUUUUUAAAGCUUUUGCGUUCUCUCGCAAAAACUUUUGCGUUAUCUGGAAAACAUAUUUGCGAUAUCUCGCAAAAACAUUUCGGACAAACACUUCAUGUUUAAUGUUCUGCUGGCUGAUUUUGAGACUAGCUCCUUAAACAUUGGUUUAUAGGCACAGAUUCCCGGACUAAUAACUAGUGAGCUAAACAUUUUAAUAACACAAAUGACACCUCAUUCUACAUAACGUAAACAAUGAACUUGAACUUAGUUUUCAACAAAUCGAGCCCCAGGCGGGAGCCGGCCGAGACAAGACCGAAGAGAUCAUCUAUAAAGGGCAAAACCCGAAUAUUAUUAGGCUACUUAAAAUAGUAAUUAACUUCAAUGCAACAUAAUGUAGUAUAACUAAACCCAGUUUAGAUUCAGUAGGAGGCCAUUACACUGUAAAAAAUGAUUCUGUGUCGCAGGAGUUUUCAUGAAAUGAAUUGGGUAAACUUUACUUAAUAGAAUUGUGAUAUUGUUUUUUUAACCAAAAUUAAAAGUUAAAAUUAUAGAAAUAUCUCAGAAUUCUAAAUGCACAAAUAAUUGAGUGAAUUUGACUUAAUUGUAGCAUGUUCAACCCACUUAAACUUGUAUGAAGGAUCUUUACUUAAUUAUUCUGUGGUGGAACUACAUGAAUUAUUUAAGUUAAAAUCCCUAACUGAGCAGUGAAUUUAGAGUUCCCAGCAUGCUCUGCAUGCGACUGCAUUUGGAGAGUCAUUUUUGUGAAAAAGUGCUAUUUUAUGUGCUUUAGAAUGAAAUGAAAGACUUGAUAGUGUUUAUUGUUCCGUUGUCUUUAAGAUUUAGAAGAUAUUCAGUUUAUAUUUCAGAGUUUCG